CUGCCUGUCAAACCUGUUGUCAUUUCUCCAGACAAGAUUAGCUGCCUACUUUUUGUUUAGAGAUCGCUUGCAUUCUACUCACCUGCCAAAAUGAUGGAAGAAGUGUCUAUUGCUGUGGCCUAUGAUGCCCAUAUCAUUGACCAGAUGUCAGAGGAGGAGAUCCUGGCUAGUCUAGUAGUGGAGACUCUACCAAAGCAAGUGGUUCCCUCUAAAAAGCCAAAAUUAAGAGAUAACCAAGUGCAGAAAGAAGACCCACUCGACAAGUACGAGAGAGAAAACCGUAAGCUUCAGGAGACCAGUUUGCGCCUUGAGCAGGAGAAUGAUGACCUUGCACAAAAACUUGUCACUAGCAAGAUUGCACUAAGGAAUGCUCUAGAUCAGACCGAGGACCAGGUGGAGGAAUUAACCAAAGAGCUUUUGAAAACCAAACAGCUUCUGAGGAUUACAGAGGAGGAGAAAAAGGGAAAGGAGGAGGAGGCUUCACAGCUGAAAGAGAUGUUUCGGAAAGAGCUGGACAAAGCAGAAGCCGAUAUCAAGAGAUCGAACAACAUCAUCGCUGACUAUAAGCAGAUUUGUUCUCAACUGAACGCUAAGCUUGAAAACCAAAAAGCUCAAGCAGACAAAGAGCUGGCAGUUAUCAAGAGCAAGAUGCUGGAGUGUGAGCAGUGCAGACACAUCUUUACCACGAAUGGAUCAAUUCAGCUGUGCUCUGAGGAUGAAGAUACCAGUGCUCAGGAUGAAGUGAAGGCCUCUCUCAGAGAACAGGUUCAAGAGUUAGAGAGAGAGCUGGCACAGACCAAGCUACAAAUGGUGGAGUCCAAAUGCAAGAUACAGGAGCUGGAACACCAGAAUGCAGUUCUGACGACUGAACUUCAGGCUGCUAAAAACACAUGGCUCAGAAAAACUCUGGGCUCUUUCAGGACAGCUGCCAGCGGCCAUCAGAACUCAUCUCAGACAGAUUCGGCCUGGAGCCCCGCUCAUAACCCCCACUCCAGCUGGGUCACCAGAAGGCUCUCCUGGGCCCAUCGAGAAGGGAGAGCAGCAAAAGUAUGAAAAGAUUAAGCAUACUGGUGGAGAACGAAAGUAUUUAAUGAGAGGAGUCUGAAACGAGUCUCACAGAUGAUGAGUGCUAUUCCCUCAAACAAGCGGACAUUAUAGAUCCGUAUGGAUGUUAACGUUGGGAAUGAGAGGAUUCUCAAAGGAUGAAUGACAGCAGGAAGCAGUGUCUGUUUUUUAAGAGAUGAGUGCAACGGAUCAGUUGCUUUUAAUCUCACAUGAAGACUAUUUUAUUACUCUUUAAACCUCUUGUUUUACAACAGUCACGCUGCAAAAAGUUUUGCAAGUGAACCUGAAGAAUAUGCCUCAUGUGGAAACAUCCAAAUGAACUGGAUUCGGUUUAAUUUGACUAAAUCAACCUAACAACACAUGGUCAGGUAGAAAGAGCUCUUUAAAGGGUAACACAUGCCUAAUAAUGACUUUUAUGAAUUACUGCACUGUAUGAUGUGAAUGUAGUUCUUAUAUACAAAAAAACAUUUUAUGAAGGACAGUUAUCAACAAGCUAUAUGGCAAAAUGUAAACUACCAAUUGUUCGCCAAUAUGUUUAUUAAUACAGAGAAUGACACUUGGUUA